AUGCUUUCGCAACCAUCUAUAUCCUUACCACUUUUUCUCCUCCUAACCUCGCUCCCGUCCAGCUUAGCAACCUGCUACCUCCCAAACGGCACCGAGCACCUCGACUCUGGAACAUCGCGCUGUGCCUCAUCGAUUGACGACCCGCUCUAUUAUACAUGCUGCCAGUCCGGAUGGCCCAAUCCACCGGGGGGCGACGUUAAAAAUGGCCCUACGGCGGAUGAAUGCCUGCCGAACGGGCUUUGCCAAAACAGAGGCUUUAGCAGUGUACAAGGACAAGAAGUGCCAGAAUGGACACAUUUCUACAGGGUGAAUUGUGCAAACCAGAACUGGGAAGGAUGCAUAAAUGUUUGCAAAGAUGGCGAUCUUGCGAAUGACAGCGCGCAGAUGACGCCUUGUGACGGGACGCCUACAUCGGAAUUUUGGUGUUGCGGAGAUAGCAACGAGUGUUGUAGUUCUUCGACUAUAUCUACUACUGGUUCGUCGAAGACGAAGAAAAUCAGGAUUCCAAAACGACUUGGGGAAGAUACAGAGGCGAGCUCUUCCGGUGCGGCAUCGGCACCGGCUUCUUCAGGUGCAUCAAUAGGGCCGAGUUACACGGGUACUUCUACGGGUGUUUCUACGAGUGCGGAAUCAACGCCGACGUCUGCAUCGCCAUCUGCAUCGACGUCUGCGACGACAGACCAGUCUGGGCAAACCGAAGAAAAUGAACCUAGCAAGAAGGAGACGUCGCACACAGGACGCAAUGUCGGCGUUGGAGUGGGUGUUGGCGUUGGCGCAGCGGUUUUCUUGGGUCUGAUCGCGGCUAUGUUGAUCCGAAGGAGGCGGAAUCGAAACAAGAUUGACCCCGAAGACAAGCGGCCGGAAAGCGUUGAGGAGCAGGACGAUAAGAAGGACAAUGGGAACGUAUAUGCAGUAGCUGAGAUGCAGCAUCAAGAACCCGUGUACGAGCUUCAUGAUGGAAGCAGAGCUGAUGUAGAAUUGGAUGGCACAAACAAAGUAGUUGGGACAAGAUACGCUUAG